CGGAGAAAGGACGCGGUGUUAUCAUACAAUUGGAGCCAGCAGAUAAAGGCUCAGCAGGAAGAAGCUUCAACGAGCAAGAGCAAAGGUCCAGAGCUAGCUGGUGGGGAGGCUCGCAGAUCUUUGACGAGCGACGAACCACCGAGUGUUGAACUCAUAGUUUCCACCGCUGUAAGCCUUUUUCCCGUUGGAUUUAAUCGUUUCUGAUUCCAAGAGGGUGAGGCGCCGGGGAAUUUUGCCAUGGAUGCGCUCAGAAAGCAAGCCAGCAAGCUCAAGGUUCAAGUUGCAAAGCAACAGCAGUUCCAUUUGAUAAUUUUGGUGGAGUUAUUUUUCCAUAUUGGAACUUAGAGGGAAACAUGCUGAUUCCAAGCUGUAAUAAAGCAAUUUGGUGGGUCCGGCUAUGAGAGUUCGGAUGUGAUGGUGAUAGAUGAGGUUGAGAUGCAGAGACAUCAGCAACUAGAGAAAUUUUACCGAUCAACUCGUGCAGGAAGGGAUUUCCAAAAAGAUAUUGUUAAAGCUGGAGAAGCAUUUAUAGCCAUAGGUUAUAGGCAUAUUGAGACAGGUAACAAGUUAUCUGAGGAUUGUUGCAACUAUGGAGCUAAUAAUAUCAAUGAAAAUAUAUUGGCAAAGGCUUCAUCCAUAUAUGGCGAUGCUCGUAAGCAUGUGGAGAAGGAACAGGAGGACUUGAUCAAGCUUUUAUCUUCACAGAUUUUAGAUCCCUUGAGAGCUAUGAUUACUGGUCCACCUCUAGAAGAUGCUCGACAUCUUGCUCAACGUUAUAGCCGUAUGAGACAGGAAGCAGAAUCACUGGCAGCAGAAAUUUCCAGAAGACGAGCACGCGUGAGGGAAUUUUCUAACCCUGAAAAUGUUGCAAAGCUACAUGCUUCAGAAGCAAAAAUGCAGGAACUUAAAGCAAACAUGGCAGUUCUUGGGAAAGAAGCUUCAGCUGCGUUAGCUGCUGUUGACGCUCAGCAACAGAGACUUACUUUGCAGAGGCUAGUUGCAAUGGUUGAAGGGGAAAAGACGUAUCAUCUUAGAGUAGCUGCUAUCCUUGGGGAGGUUGAAACAGAGAUGGUCACAGAGAAACAACGAAAAGAAUCAGCGCCCCCUUUGAUCUCAUCAGAAAACCACUCAACGAAAUCAUCAUUCUUUCUGGCUGAAGCGGUGCAUUCUUUUAAUGCUGAGUCUGAGAAAGAACUGAGCUUGUCUGUUGGUGACUAUGUCGUUGUACGAAAGGUGAGCCCUACAGGGUGGUCAGAAGGAGAAUGUAAAGGUAAAGCUGGUUGGUUUCCAUCAUCAUAUGUGGAGAAACGCCAGAGGAUUCCGACAAUGAACUCCGUUCCUGAAGCAUUUUAAUUCUCAUCUGAGUGCAUGUUCCACAGUAGGCUUCAUUCAGGGUGGUAAGCAACUUGAUCCAACUGUUCACAUUUAUUGGUUUCUAAUGUCAAUUAAAUUUUAUGUAUUCUUUUCUCAACAUCGUUGUUUAGAUGUGUUCUUGUAUAGUCAUUCUUUUUGUCUCCUUUUUUGAAAGAGAUAUGAUACCAUUGCAGGAAUAUGCAACCUUAGCUAUUCAUAUUAACAAAAACAAUCAAUGUGAUCUAUUUUAACUUGCUGUGUAAUAUGUCUAUUAUUAUGUGGAGUCCAAUAACUGAGUUAUAUUUAA